GUGUGCGGGAGAGUAUCUAUCUCUCUGUGUGUGUCUCCAGUGUGCAUGUGUGUCUGCGCGUACUCUCCGGCGCGAACUCAGAGCUGGAAAUGCUGAGACCGACAGCUGGUUUAUUUUUGGGUCAGUGACAGUGUGUCAAUGGCCGCAGAUGCGUCGGAAAGGAAGGCUCUGAGAUACCAACAGACCCUGCUGUAUGGGGAAUACCGUGAGCACCCGGGUGGGUCUGGCCGGAGAGAGACCACCCGACUUCUGACAGAGAGACAAUGGAAGAAACACCAUCACCAUCACCAUGGCCACCAUCCGCACAAUCACCAUGGCCACCAUCCCCACGGCCACCACCAUGGCCACCACCACAGUCACACACAUGGACACGUGCACCACAGCAGGCACAGGCGUCGGCAUCACUCAGACGAGGUGGGACGUGCACAAAUGGCUACAGAGCAAGGCAACCCUUUGUCUACUAAGAGACGUCGCUCCUACUCAAAGUGCCGAGACUGUGUAGCACGUGUGCAGAGGUUCCUGGUCACCAAGCUGGGAGAGGACUGGAUCUUUCUGGUGCUGCUGGGCAUCUCAAUGGCGCUGGUCAGCUGGACCAUGGACUACACCAGUGCCAAGAGUCUACAAUGUACUACAAUACCCACAAUGCAACACACACUAAACCAUCUUGUUUUAUGAUGAUGAGAUAUGUUUUUACAAUGCUUGCAUUCAAGCCACUGAACCGGCAAUUCAUACAGUUGCACGAAUGCUUUUAUAGCAUAAAUAGUUAUCUAACAAGACACCUGGUUGCUUAUUGUUGAGGGUUAGGAUGAGGGAUUAUCAAAAAGUGUUGUAAAACAGUUCAGCGGUAACCUGAUAUGCAAAAUGAAUCUUGCAAAACAAACAUUGCAAAACAUUACAUUUGAAAUGAUAACUUAUGUUUAUAGUCAUUACCCAAAUUAGGGGGUUGAGUGAAGUUUGUGUAAUGGAAUCAAAUUUUAUAUGCUACCUCUCAGUGAUGUUAUUCAUAAAUGCAGAGUAAAUUUUCUCUGAUACGUGGACGAAACACAUCUGUACAC